AUGACACAAAAGGUUUUGUUCUUCGUUAUAACGGUAUUGUUAAUCAUUGUUUGGCUUACUUAUGAGAUCAUUCAAACUCGUUCAAACUCCUUUGGUUUUCUGAAACAAAACUUACCAGCUCUGAAGAGGAUUUAUCCCAACGAGAAAGAUGACGCGUUUAACAGUGGCGUCCUAUCAUCUGCACACUUUUUACGCAAAGACUUGAUCCAUAGUUUCAACGUGAGUACAAACGGAAGUGACGUCAUUGUCUUUGUUCGAAUCCAGAAAACCGGAAGUACGACGUUUGCGUUACAUAUGGCGUAUGACCUCGAUAUCCCACCGUGGUGUCAGUGUGAAGCUAAAAAUAAGUGUGGGUGUUAUAAAGAGUGGAAAUCAAAUAUUUUGUUCAAACGAAAGUGGCAUACGCACCCCUGCAAGGCCCAUGCCGAUUGGACCCACCUGCAUGCAUGUGUGGAAGUGGCUAUGAACAAACGGCAUGGUCGGAAAAUCAAACAAAGGCACCUGUACGUUACCAUGGUGAGGGACCCACUGCCGCGUUACAUCAGUGAAUGGAAACACGUUUCAAGGGGUGCCACUUGGUCUGCAGCCCCCCUUCUAUGCAACGGUCGUUCCCCGACCAAGGAGGAGCUACCCCCGUGUUUUGAUGUUGAUUGGAAGAACGUAACCCUGCAUGAGUUCAUGGAAUGUCAAUCAAAUCUAGCUGUGAACAGACAGACCCGGAUGCUGGCCAACCUGAGCAUUGUUGACUGCUACAACACUUCCGCUUCCGGUUGGACUUACGACGAGAGACAGUACCUCAUGCUGGCAAGCGCAAAAGAAAAUCUGAAGAAUAUGGCUUUCUUUUGUUUAACCGAAUAUCAGGAACUGUCACAAAUUCUUUUCGAGAAUACCUUUAACUUAACAUUUACUACCAAAUUUGAAAAUAGCCCUUUGCAGAAUACAUCAUCCGCAUACGAUAUAACUGACAGCGACCACAACAGAAUCAUUCACAUCAACAGAUUUGAUGUAUUGCUUUAUCAAUAUGCCAAAGAUUUAUUUUUUCGAAGAUUGAAAUUCCUUUCCUCGGCAACUAAACAGUCACAUCUGAGGCGUCUUAUUAGGAAACUUAAUAUCUAACCAUGUUCUUGCUUUCAGUUAGAGAACAAUUUAUGAGGUACCAACGGCACUGGCAACUUUCUCAUGAUGAAUAUAUACUGAACAACACUUGUUCCUGUGACCCUGAAUACGAUUUAAC